CGCCGCCGCGCGCCACCGCUCGAGCGGUCUUGUUCUCCGCCUUCUUGUUCGUGUCCCGCCGCCGCCUGCCCCUCAGGCCGCCGUGUCCACAAGCUCGAAACACCAUGCCUUCAAUUAAGUUGCAGAGUUCUGAUGGAGAGAUUUUUGAAGUUGAUGUGGAAAUUGCCAAGCAGUCUGUAACUAUCAAGACCAUGUUGGAAGAUUUGGGAAUGGAUGAUGAAGGAGAUGAUGACCCAGUUCCUCUACCAAAUGUUAAUGCAGCAAUAUUAAAAAAGGUCAUUCAAUGGUGCACCCACCACAAGGAUGACCCCCCUCCUCCUGAAGAUGAUGAGAACAAGGAAAAGCGAACAGAUGAUAUCCCCGUUUGGGACCAAGAAUUUCUGAAAGUUGACCAAGGAACACUUUUUGAGCUUAUUCUGGCUGCAAACUACUUAGACAUCAAAGGUUUGCUUGAUGUUACAUGCAAGACUGUUGCCAACAUGAUCAAGGGAAAGACCCCUGAGGAGAUCCGCAAGACCUUCAAUAUAAAGAACGACUUCACUGAAGAAGAAGAAGCCCAGGUACGCAAAGAGAACCAGUGGUGUGAAGAGAAGUGAAAUGUUGUGCCUGACACUGUAACAUUGUAAGGAUUGUUCCAAAUACUAGUUGCACUGCUCUGUUUAUAAUUGUUAAUAUUAGGCAAACAGUAGACAAAUGCAGCAGCAAAUCAUUUGUUCUGGCAGAAUAUUGUCCUCACUGCAUGUGUAGUUAUUGAGUACAGAUUCCAAACCUGAGUUUCCUCUACUAUGAUCGAAAGUUCCUGUUUUCUUUGCUCUGAAUAAAACAACUGUGGGUUCUUGAUAGAAAGUGACAUUUUGGGCUUUCCCUCUUCUAAAGCCAUUUCUGCCUAGUUUAUUGUCAGUUAACUUGAGUGAACUUUUAAAAGUUAGCAUUGUAAAUAAAACAACUUUCAAGAA